AGAUUAUUCAUUUCACAUGGUGCCUGAACAAAUUUAUUUGAUACGCGUCACAGAACAAGAGGUAAAAAACCAAAUUUGUGCACCAGUUCAGUUGUCUAAAUUGCAGCCAUAUCAUUAUUAUUGUUUUGUAUUCUGUCAAAACAGGCUGUGUUUGGAUCUCUGAUUCCAAAAUUUGAUUCCAUAGUUGAAUUCUUUGAUGCAUGAUUUGUUGUGACUAGUUUAUUGUUGUAUCUGUCUCGCUCCUUUGGUUAACUCCCCCGUACAAUAGCAAACAAACCACACUGCACAUGCUCCCUAGCUUCUCUUUCUCUUUGACAUUGUGGUCUCUCCGUUUGUUGAGAUAAAAUGCACCAAAAGCAUCGCAUGGCUAGCAGUUAUCCCAGCAUGAUUGUAAUUGCAGAAGCUUCUCGUUUUUGUUACCACCAUUUAGUCGAGUGAAACGAUCGUUACAAGAACAAGAGAGACAUACGCACGCUUUGAACCGAAGUUUAAUUUAUGUGCAUUACUUCUAUUCGCUUAUCUACUUAAAUCAAGUGCUUCCAGGUUCCGUUUCUUCUCCAUGGUGAUGGUAAUAUUACCAUCCUCUCUUUCACAAGUGUUAAUACCAUUCAAUCAAAAGUUGAACGAUCUUGUGAACAUAACUCAGAGUUUGUUUGAAUUCACUUAAAAGCUCAUUUGUCUAAUGCAAACAUAUGGUAAAACAGUCUACUUAAUUUUGUUUUUUUUAUUACAGUUGAAUCGACCAUACUUUACUCUACGUUUGACCAACUAGUUGAUUUUUGAUAGCUUGCUGUUGAAUGUGUUACUAUUAGCUACCAGUGGUAUUACUAACUAGGAAGUUAUAAGUAUUCAACAUGGUGAUCAACGACUCCUCGGGACUGAAUCACUCGGAGGAUGGAGGCCACGCGGAAGAUCAUCAUGCUUCGUUUCAUCUAGUGAGCAUGCAGUUUUCAGAGGUGAAGGUGCCCUUUUUUGUCACUGUGUUCUUGUUGUUGGCCAGUGGAGUGAAGACUGUGUUUCAUCUGUCCAAGAAAGUGACCAAAAUCAUCCCUGAGAGUUGUCUACUCGUCAUACUUGGUGUGGUUGUCAGUCUUAUCAUGUACUACGCCCUGGGCGCAGAAGAAAACGACUACAACCUCAACUCCGAUACCUUCUUCUUCAUCCUCCUCCCCCCAGUCGUGUUCGACGCCGGAUACUUCAUGCCAAACCGCGCCUUCUUCCAGAAUCUGGGAACCAUCCUUCUCUAUGCGGUGAUUGGAACUAUAUUCAACACUGCAAUCAUUGGUCUCGCUCUUUACCUCUGCGAUUACGGCGGAUUUUUCUCGGUCAGUUUCGGACUGCUGCCGAUUUUCACGUUCGCGGCGCUUAUUUCCGCCGUUGACCCUGUCGCCGUGCUUGCGGUGUUUGAAGAAAUCCACGUGAAUGAAGUGUUGCAUAUCCUCGUAUUUGGCGAGUCUUUACUUAAUGACGCUGUAACAGUUGUCAUUUACCAUAUGAUGGAAACUUUCACGGAAAUUGGUGCUGAUAAUCUCAAAAUUUCGGACAUUUUCGCCGGUAUUGCGAGCUUCUUUUUCGUGUCAAUUGGAGGAACGCUCAUAGGCGUUAUGUUUGGGUUUGUAACUGCCUUUGUUACCAAAUACACGGGCCAUGUUCGCGUGAUAGAACCAAUCUUUGUUUUUGCAUUCAGCUACCUUUCCUAUAUUACCGCCGAAAUUUUCCAUUUUUCGGGAAUUCUUGCAAUUGUUUUCUGUGGAAUUACCAUGGCACAGUACGUUGAAGAAAACAUUACGCAGAAAAGUCAUACCACGAUAAAGUAUUUUCUGAAAAUGACAUCAUCUGUUUCAGAAGCCAUCAUUUUUCUCUUCUUAGGACUAUCGACGUCGGAAGCGUUACGCCAUAUGGACAUACUUUUCGUGAUUGUUGCGGUAUUUGCAUGUCUUGUUUUCCGCUUUGCCGGUGUUUAUCUUUUCACAGCUCUCGCCAAUCGAUUUCGAGUUGAAAAACUUGACAGAAGUCAGCAGUUUAUCAUGGCUUACGGCGGCAUCAGAGGUGGCGUGGCAUUUUGUCUGGCAGUUUUACUGAGCGAAGACACUUUUGGAAAAGAGGUCAAAGGCGUGUUCGUUUCCACAACCAUUAUCGUAGUUUUCUUUACAGUGUUCAUUCAAGGUAUUACUAUCAAACCUUUAGUCCACUUAUUUCGAAUCAAGACUCAAAAUGCGACUAAAUUGAACAUAUUUGAAACUAUGGCGGACCGAGUGGUUGAUCACGUCAUGUCGGGAAUCGAAGACGUCUCGGGAAGAAAAGGGCAGAACUGGCUGCGAGUUAAUUACGAAACGUUUAAUAAUCGUUACCUGCGUCGGUGGCUGCUCCGCGAUAAACCAAAAACUUCAGAGCUGAAUUUGAUGAAUGCCUUUUCCAAGUUGAAUCUGCAAGAGACAGUGAAAUACGUGAAUAGUCAUCAGAAUGUGUUUUUGACGCCAUCUGUCAGCCAAAACUCGCUGUCAAACUACAUGAGGAAAGAGUUUGAAAAACAUGACAACCACAAGUUCGAAGGCCUUCCUGGCUACUCGGAAACGUGUCUGGAUAUGCGUCCAAUGAGUCGUCAAACAGUGCCAAACCAGAAAAUGCUGGAAGAUGCCGAAACGCACCGGGCCACAAUGGAGACGGCGUUCCAAAAGAGAUCAAAGGGAAUUGUGUCUGGGGCUCAAAUUCAGUUCACGAAUCCGAGGCAUGCGAUUCCGAUUCCAUCUAGUCGAGUGAUGCGUAAAUCUGUCUCGCAUCACAUGGAGAAUUAUAACGCGAUGAGUCACCACAUGAUAAACUCAAGGAUCCACAAGAAAAGUUUGGGAGGUUUGUACGAUCAACGGGCGAUAGAGAAUGGAAAUGCAAGUGUGGCACGACCAAGUGUCAGCUUCAUGCUUCCAACUCCAGGCGUGGACGAUUUGGACAGGUAUCUCCAUAGCACACAUUUACCAACUGUUGAAUCAUGCAUUACUGAGAGAACAAAAAAAAUAUCAGACGUGAGUGCUAACGGCUCUACUAAAUCAGGAAAGACUAUUCAGUUCAAACGAGAGGAAAGCUGCGAGAGCGGAAUGAACUCAGAUGACGGUAUCACUUUCUCGGUUCCAGCUCGAAAAGUUCACCAUGUCAAAAUCCAAAUCAACGACGAGGACAAACUGAAUAGUUCGCAAAGCGAUGGCGAUUCGCCCGAUGGAAACGACUCCCAAUCGAUACAUUCGGAACAGAUCCCGGUUGCGAUUGAGGCUUACUUGCCCUGGAAAGAUUCGAUCGACCUCGAGACGCCUAGUUUGAGCUACGGGUUUGAGGAAGCGCCCCAAUCUCAGCAUGUUUUUGUGCCACCGGGCCAAGACAUGACACUCGAAGAGUGGGACAAAGAACUCCCCGAGAACUUGAAAGACUUUGGAGACUUAAAGCGAAAGUCACCCCAUUCGAAACAUAGACGUCAUCACAGAAAUAGAGACGAAAAUUUUCGAAACAAGAAAGAUAAAGAAAGUUCACCGAAGCCAAAAUCUCCGCCAAUCAGGAAGCGUAAAAGUGGAGCUUCAAUAUCCAAAUCAGACAUAUCGCCGUCAUCGAACGAUCAUCGGACUAAAAAAGCAGAUGGUGAUAAUACUAACGAGGACUCCGAAUGGGGUGACAGAUCAGAAUCAGUUGACAUUGACGUUUUUGGUUCUGGCAAUUCGAAAAGUGAAGUGCCUGAAACAAGCACACCUAGGUCAUCCAGUGGAGCCAGUGAAAUGGACUGAUCGUGUUAGGACUAAAAUGAUUCUAUUCUGUAAUUUAUAAGCAACAUCAGUUCUGAAUUGAUAUGUUUCUUCUAAGCACCUCAAAAACGUUAUUUUAGAAAAUUAAUCGUGCUUAAGAAAAAACGACAUAAAAUGAUACUUUCUUACAAAAACGAGUAUUCAACUCAGAACUUUCGACGCUGCAAUCAUGCCAAUAAAAGGAUGAGCUACUACUGUUUCUAAUAACCUCCAAUUAGUUAGAUAUUUUCACAAUUAAAAUUUGUAUGACUA